AUGGCUCCCUCCCAUACCACCUGUUUGGCUUUGACCAAUCAAAAUGCUGAACAGAAUCAUGCCAUUUUCCAUCAAUGCCCAUGCUGCAACAGGAAAUUUCAGAAAACUGGUUUCAAGCAGCACAAGGCAAGUUGCAGGAAGUGCAAAGAAGAUGAGAGGGAGCAUGUAGCUUUUGAAUGUCAGUAUGAAGAGAAACAACAAGAUACAGGAUAUUUUUUUGUUGAUGAACCCACUGCAGUUGAGGUGACUAUGGGACAAGAUUACAAUGAGACAAGUGACAUGCUCUACACCUCAGACAUGUUGAUGCCAACUUCCACAAGUUCUAAUGUGGCAAAACUUCCUGAAUUCAAGAUCCAAUUUCAUCCAAGAAGCAAUCAACCACUGAUUUAUCAGUCUUAUGAAGAGUUCCGUGUUCACAGUGAGAAAUCUGCAUCCCUGGUUGACAAGACACCUUGGUCCCCAUUUUGCAUGUUGGGUGACUUUGAGUCUGUGGAAAUCACACUCACUUCACUGCUCAACCAGCAACAGGUCAAUGCCCUGCUGGAUCUCUUUGCUCAUGUCACACAGGGAGCUGUCCAAGUCAUGCUCAAGAAUGAUGCUGAACUUUGCAAAGCAUGUGAUGCAGCUGCAAUGGAACUCACUCUGUUCUCCAGGGUCAAAGUUAAGGUACCAUACAAAAAGGAAGAAUGCACAAUGGCAUUGAGUAUGAAUGUUUUUAUGAUGAGCCCUGGACCAGAGAUUAUUGGUGGGAUAUUCAAUCUACCAGAUAUCAAGAAUGCCAUGCCAUUUGGCCUGAUCCUUUAUGCUGACAAAUCCAACCUAUUGUCUUUUGGCACUGCCAAGAGUUACCCUGUCAUUGUCCCUGAAGGUGCUGAAGAAGAGGGAAAGCUAGGUUACACAACCCUCAAGCAUGUCAUUUGGCAUGAAUCUUUCAGAAAGUUACUUCUGGAGAUUGAGCAGUACUUGAAGACUGGAUUGUUCACUACUGAGGUUGCCUACAGAUUGUUCACUACUGAGGUUGCCUACAGAUUGUUCACUACUGAGGUUGCCUACAGAUGGCACUCACUUGUGGUUGCAGUGGCAAAUGCCCUUUCCCUGUAUGUCUUGUACCAUCAGAGCUACUCCAUGAUCUCUCCAGGACUUUUGAACCUUAAUGUGUUCUGGAUGAUUGGGUUCUCUGAUCUCCACCUCACCUGCAGCUUUGACCAACUGCAUUAUGGGCAUGGUUUUUGGGGCAAGCACAUCUUUGGGGACCUAAAGAUUGAAGCCAAUGUUGAGAAGUAUGAUGCAAGUUUUCCUCACUGGCAAAACCUCACACACUUCAACCAAGUUAUUCAUGACACCUUUUCAGAUGGUAACAAGCUGGCUGAUAUCUCCAAGGUCAUCACAUUGGUUUCCAUCAUGAUCUGGGCUGGGAUCUGGAUCUCAGAACAUCUGUUCAAGGGGAGGUUGGCUGGUAGACAGUAUGAUACCCUGUACUCUAGUUUUUUUGCUACCUUGCAAAUCCCCAACUUUCUUGUCUCUUUCUUGUCUCCUCAGUGUCAGGCAUGCCCCCUCCAGAAGGAAACUGUCAAAGUUGACUCACUUGGCCCAACAAAAGUAUGCAUAAGCCAAUCAAAGACACAUAUGAACACCAUUCAAAUGGUAGAGACUGGUCCUGUUCAGGUCUUGUGGGUAGAUCAUCAAGUUCUUGCUACAAAGCUUCUCAGAUUGCAUGUUGAUUACCUCAAGAAAUCUGUCUCUGGGGAAUCAGAUCCAGAAGCUGAUGUGCUUGGUGCACAUGUCAUCACAACCCAAACCCUGAAAGAAUUAGAGGAAAAUGGUCAGCCAGAUAUGGCAUUCCAUCAGUUCUGUCAAAGGUUCUCAUAUGGAUAUCAAGUCAAGUCAUGGAUCUCCCUCCCUGCUGACUUUGUGUUGAAACUGUGCUUGUGCUAA